AGAAAAUAAAAAAACUCAUUCUACAGGAGUUCCUCAGACUCUUCAAUAAUGGCAGACCAUGGUGUGCCUUGCACUGGGUUAGAUGCAUCAUAUUGCAUGAAUGGUGGAAAAUGCAUAAAGAUUCCUUCUAUGUCCACGCUCACCUGUGUUUGCAAGGAAAAUUUCAUAGGCAGCCGGUGUGAGCAGUAUCAGUUGCUAAGCACAUCGGACAACAGUGAGCAGAAUGGUAUGGUUGCUGCUGUGAUCAUCUUUAUCAUCCUCAUCGUGGUGGUACUGGCUAUGAUUAUCUACCUUAUCUGCAAGUAA